AGAACCCUUUAAAACUAAGCUCUAAGUGAGACAAAAGAUAAGAGAUUGAUUGGCUACCCCAAUCCCCAUCUUUUGAAAUGAGUCAUGAAAAAUUUUGUCCAUUAUAUAACCUUCCCCUCAAAACUAGCCACAUGGUUUUUUUCUUAUUCCCUUGUGCUUCUAAACUCUACCAGGUGGAGAUGCAACUGAGCUGUUCUAAGAAGCUAGCCUUCAAAAAUCAUCAGAUUGGAAUUAUAAUACUCCUUUUAUAAUUUUUCACUGGCUUAUCUCUUAUCAUCAUCUCUACAUUUCUAGUCUUUCUGCAUAGAUUUCUUAAAAUGCCAGGAACCAUCCAAGUUUCAGUUCUAGAUUUCAAGGGUCUCCAAUCAUCAUCACCAUCUUCUGAAAUAUCAGUGAAAGUUUCCGUGGGAAAAACAGAGUACCAGACUUGCGACAAGGGAGAACUCACAUUUCCGUUGACAACCCUUCGUGACAAUUUGAUUAUAACACUUGAAGAUGCCGAGGGAAAUGAGAUUUCUCGUACAGGUGUUGAGACAAGAUUGGUGGUCGAGAAAGGUGUUUGGGACGAUAUAUUUUCUCUCGAAGGAGGCGGCCAUGUCCAUAUGAAGUUGCAGUUUGUCCUCAGUGAAGAAGAGCACCAGAGAAUCCAGAUAAUGAGAGAAGCUGCACUGAAGAAGAAACGUGAAGAGCUUCGCAAUAGAGGUCAUGGAAGUCCCGAACGUUCUUCGGUCGGUAAUAGUGAAGGUUCAGGUUCGAUUUUGCUUUACUUGAUUUUCAUUUUCAGUUUACUUGAAGAAAGAUGGAACAUAAAAAGAAAAGAAAUCAAACAGUGCAUUAAACCUGCAUGUACUGAUCCUCAAAAGCUUUUUAUUGAUGUAUUGAAUGCUCCAUUUUCUCAAGGUUCGUCAGAAAGUUUAUUCCGAAGUGGAUUGCUAGCUGAUGAAUCCAGUCUCGGAAUAGACGACGGAGACAGAAUAUAA